UCUGAGACCAACAUGAGCCACUCAACUUCUGGAUCUCUCAUGGGAGGCCACCAUUAUGGUAGCCAUCACUCCAAGGCUUCCAGCUACAUCGCUCCAGUACAUUAUGGAAGUUCUCACAAAAGCCACCAACAGAAUAGCUGUGCUCCACAUCACAGCGGCCACUACAAAGCUGCCAGCCUUCAUGGAGGAAGCAAAAAAGUGUCCUUUUCCAGACAUUCUACUAUCGGCCAUGACCGUGGCCAUGGAGUCCUAAGUGUACAUAGUGGUCAUGGAAAUCAUCACAAGAGCUCAGGCAGCCAACAUGCCGGGAACCAUCAUGGUCUGCUCAAUAUCAACGAGAAGGAAACCAUGCAGUUUCUGAAUGGGAGGCUGGCUUCUUACCUGGAGAAGGUCCAUUCAUUGGAACAAGAGAAUGCAGCGCUAGAGAGGAAGAUUUGUGAAUGGUAUGCAAACAAUGCCCCUAACUCCCUCCCUGACUCCAGCCAGUACUUCAGGACAAUCCAGGAGCUCCAGGGCCAGGUUGCUUCCGCCACUGUGGAUAAUGCAAGGAUUGUUCUUCAAAUAGACAAUGCCAAGCUGGCUGCCGACGACUUGAGAAGCAAGUAUGAGAUGGAAGUCAGCUUGAGGACCAGUGUGGAGUCCGAUAUCUGUGGCUUACGCAGAGCCCUUGAACAGCUUAACGGCGAGUUGCAGGCCUUAGCAGCGGAAGUUCAAUGCCUCCAACAGGAAAUCCAACAACUGAAGAAUAACCAUCAGGAGGAGGUGAACGCUCUGCAAGCCCAGUUGGGCGCCAGAGUCAACGUGGAAAUGAAUGCCGCUCCAUCCGUUGAUCUGAACAGAGUCUUGUCUGAAGUCAGAGAAGAGUAUGAGAACCUGAUGGAGAGGAACCUGAGGGAGGUCGAGAACAUUUUCAGGCAAAGGACCGCGGAACUGGAUCGUGAAGUAUCUUCUGGAGCAGAACAAAUGCAGUCAGUUAACAAUGAGCUCAUUGAUCUGAAACGUUCAGUACAGUCCUUGGAGAUUGAGCUUCAGAGUCAACUAAGUCUGAAAUCCGCUCUUGAAGGCACCUUAGCAGAGACGGAAGCCACCUUUGGGUCCCAGCUCUCCCAGUUACAAGGCUUGAUUGAUAACGUUGAAGCUCAGCUGGCACAGAUCAGAUCUGACCUGGAACGCCAGAACUACGAAUACCAGCUUCUCAUGGACCAGAAGACUCAUCUAGAGAAAGAAAUUGCCACCUACAGACGUCUCAUAGAUGGGCAUAACAUCCAUUUUUCAGCACACCCUGUUUCAGAAGUGUCUCAUCAGAAGACCUGUUAAGGAAUCCACUGCUGGUUCCUGAAUUGUUAAGGUUCUCGUCCACUCAGUGGGUCAUCAGGAGUAACUUCAUGGAAUGAACAACUCUGGAACACAAGUCGUGUGUCCUGUAUUGCGUUUUUUAGUGUCUUUCUUUUCUGUCUGAGGCUUUCUAUCUCCUUCUUCCAUUAACUAAGAUGGAUUAUGGCAAGUGAUAAAUCUGAAUGCAAAAAUAUUAAUGUACAAGUACCAGCGAUCAAUUCAAGUAGUUCCCAUCUUUGUAGGAUGACAGAGUUGGUCUGUUGGAACCUGAGUUUUAGGUUCCAACCUGGGUUAGGCUGUCAUGACAUUUGGUUUGGGCCCAUUAUGCCUGAAAAGCCCCUGGAAUGAUUUGUAUUUUAUUCUAGAAAUAAUUGCAUCUGAUAGGCACCAUUUCAGCUGCGGCCUGUUCAUAUCUACCGUGUCUAAUUCACAUGAUAGAAAGGAAAUGGACUGUAUUGUCAAAUUCUGGCUCUUUCUCUGUUUUUUUUCAUUGAACUUCUUUCAAAAUAAACUUUGACUUUGUCUAAUGCAAAA